GAUGACCGGUAACAAAGGCCUCACUCACCGUGAAACUACAGAACCUUUUCAAUAAGCGUUUACAGGGAUGAGUGCCGCGGCAGAGGCUCGGGCGCUGUUUCGAGCGCUUCUUCGCGAGGGCCGGCGCUUCCCCAACUACAACAUCCGCGAAUACAUUCAGCGGCGGGCUCGCGAAGCAUUCCACGAGGCAGCAUCCAUCACCGAUUCAGCCGCUGUGCAGUCGCUAUUGCAAAGAGGCCGCCAGGAGCUGGAUGUUGUGAAACGCCAAUCGGUGGUGUAUCAACUCUAUGGGCGAAAGGUCAAGAACGUCCUGGAGCUAGACCUGGCGUUCCAACCGGCAGGGAAGCCAGCAGCCGGCAGCCCGUAAAUUACGCACCUCCACUACGGAAUUAUGAGCUCUCGCAACCUUGCGAGGCGGCUUUGUACAAGCGGAGGGGCUGUAGCAGCGUUUGAGGGAGGGCAUGUCUGUCCUUCCCAGCUGGGCCUGUGGAGUCAUUGGUCACCGAAUCGGUUAGGGACGACACAUGCCGUUCGGGACGCUUGGUAUUGGUUAUGAGGUAGGAAGGACACACAUGUCCUUCGAGCCAAGUCUCAAGUGGGUAUUGGUCUUGGGGUAGUGUCAGUUGUGGGCAAGGGAUGAUGACCAGCACGGUAUUGAGUUAAGGGAUACCGCUGGUGGCAGACUGUCGAGCAAGUUCGUAGCGUUAAGUGUAGAAUGCUGCAUUAGGUUAUUCAAGUAACGGUUGCAUGGACUAACACGGAUGCUGGGUGGCGAUGUGUGCAUCUCUUAGGAGGUGCCAUGGGAGUUAGGUGGUAUGUAGGUGUGAAUCCAGCUAAAUCCAAAUUAUGCCGUACAUGAGCUGUUUCCGCUGAGCGCUGACAUAGAGGUUUGGGCACAGAUGUCACAGGCUUUUGCAUGUAUGCGCUUUCACCAAUGAGCGAAGGCUUUCCACAGCAGCAAGCGCAACCUGGCGCCGCAGCUCAGGUGCAGCGUGAAGGUGUCUUAGUGCCUGGUCCCAGGCAACAACCAGCCACUAAGGAUGUUCCAGCACCGCCGUCGCAUGUGUCUCUCCCUGUGAAGAACAAUGCAAUUCUCCAUGAAUCGCUAUCAAUACUGAAGGAAUUCCGGGCGUUGGUUGACGCGAAGCUGGAGCAGGAACAGCAUCUGACCGGCAAGUCGUAGCUUAUGCUUUUUAAGGAUUGAUACACUCGGACGCUUCCUACUUCCACAGGUAGGACACAGACCACCAUAUAACCAUUACUUUUUCAUAGAACUGUCGCACUGGACAUUAGCGAGGCUCUACCGUCUGCUCCUGGAUACUGUCUCUUCCUGGUUCAUGCCACAAUUCAUAGUAUAUUUGUAUGUGCCGUGUCACUAGCCGAUCUGUAAUCUGUCGCCGUUCACCCGGCUUACCAACUACCGGAAUAGCGGGACUGAAACAGUUGCAUUCCCUUUAAGCAGCAGCCGACCUCCUUUGGUAGCAAUGCCUAAGCGGAGAGUGUCAACGACUGGUCUAAGGCGGUCCAAGCGACGGAAAGGAGGCGCCUCAGGCGAUGAACCCGAGCUCUCGGACGCAAGCCCGUCUGAGCACUUGGAUGCUGGCAACUCUGCGCAAGCCAUUUCCCAGCAGGAGGCCAAUGGCGCAGCCGCCGGGCACCAGCCAAAUGCAGAAAAUGCAGCACAUGAUGAGGACGAAGUCGGCGAGGAGGAGGAGGAGGGCACCGAAGGCCCCGGUGAUGACUCCAAUCCCUCGCGCAUCCCCGACAUCCAGGACGCUGCAGCACAGCUCGCCAAGCUGACGGGGAUCCCCCUUGAUACCGCGCUAACCGCUCUGAAAGAGACCCGGGAAGAGGUCUUUGGCAGCGGCGAUGCCGGCGCAGAUGGUAGCCCGGAUAGCAGCAGCGGCGGUGGCAGCAGCGAACGGCUGCAGGACUGGUUGGAGGCGGCCCAAAUCUACCUUGCCGUACGCAUGGAGGUUGAGGACGAGAUCCAGGACGUGCGUGAGGCCAUGCGGGAGUCCCUGCAGGAGUACGAAUCCGCCAAAGCGGCGGACGACAUCCCGCUCACGCAGCGCCCGGCGGACUACCUGGCGGACCGCUUCGUGCCGCCCGCCGGCAGCGCCGCAGCGCUGGCGGGGGCGGCGUGCAGCGCGGUGGUGGCGCGGCUGGGGGCGUUCGCGUGCCACCGGGCGCUGUUUGCGGAGGGCGGCGUGCAUAAGGCGCCGCUGGUGAGGCUGGCGGAGCUGGAGUGCAAGUGCCGCAAGUGGUAUCCCAACCGGGGAACGGGACGGUUCUGGGAGCAGCUGGCGGACGACCUCGCAGCCGCAGCCGAGCAGGCUGCGCCGGCAUCCCCGGCCCUGCGGGAAUCCGGCUGGGUCGCCUGCGACGCUGGUCCGGAAGGCUGUAGCACCUGUGCAGCGGCGCUAGGGCAGGGACUCGACGCCGCCGCAGCAGCGGCUGGGCCGUCCACAUCCGCAGCAGCAGCAGCGGCUCCGGCAGCGGCUCCAGCACGCGUUGCGCUGUCAACGGAGGCGGCUGCGGCGGUGUUGGCGGUGGUUGGGGAGUUUGCGGAUUUAAAGGAGCCGGAGAUGCAGCGAGAGAUCUGCAAGAUGCCGUCCAAGGACGGUCAGACGCCCGAUGUGUUUGCACUGCUGGAUGACCCGGCGGGUGCUCAUGGGGAUGACUCGGAUUCGGAUGACUUGCUGGAGGUGGUAGAGCUUGGGACUUGCAAUGGAAGGAAGCCGCAAGACGUGGAUGCGGUUGAGGUAUAAGCAGGAGGGUGCAGCCGGGGGGUUAGGGGAUGGGGGAGGCGGCAGGGCAGCGUGCAUGUGUUUUGGCAUGUAGGGUUAAGAGGGAUUGGGGAAAUGGAAACGUGUAAGAUUGUGGUCGUUAUGGGUAGGGUUAGUGGAAAGGAAAGAGGGAAUUCGGGGUUUGCAUCAUAAGGCGGGCUGGGCGUGUCCUUGAGGGACAGCAGAGUGGAAAUUCCUUGUGGAUAUCAAAAAGAGCAGGGUGAGAAAGGUUGCGGUGGCUUGCUUAGGAUUACCGCUUAAGAUCAGCCAGCGUUGCUAUGCUCCUGGAGGUAAGAGGUCAUAACACGUACGCCAAGGUGCAUGCGAAGGCCUAAUUCACAUGGCCUUCGUCUGCUACCGGUAGUUUGCUCUGGCUAACCUGUAGUACUGGCGGGAUGGUCCCUUCGUAGCGUGGCGCUUGAACGUCGAACAGGCUACGGCUCAGCAUAAGCGCCGACCACCUAUCGUGUCGUGCUCCUUGUGCUGCUGGAUUUGGCUAGGCAGAGCUGUGGGGGUUUGGAUCUGCUGUUCGCUUUGGUGCUACACUUGCUGCUCGUGUUUGUUGCCAGACCUUCAUGACUGUGGGCUUCUUACAGCGGGAUUAGCCAUGUCUUUUCAGGAACUGGUCGUGUCAGGGCUUGUACCUUUUGCAGUGUACGGCUGGUUAUCUUCUAUCCCAGCCAACAGUUACCGGUACAUUUCGUACGCAUGUACAAUGUAUCCGUACGAGCCAGGGUGGUCAUAGGCAUGAUGAUAAGGGAUUGCUGUAACGGUCAUUCACGAGGGCAGGCGCGACAGCCGGGCAUCCAAGCUGCGACUGGCGUGUAGUGGGGGAAGACGCCGGGAGUGCGAAUGAGAGUAACGUCGGAUGCGGGAGCGCGAGUGGGAGGAACGCCGGAUGCGGGAGCGCGAGUGGGAGGACCGGUACCAAACAGUAUUGGUCUGGUCAACCCUAGAGCCAGGAGUCGCCGGUUAGUUUUGCGUAUUUCUGCGUAUAGUCCGACAUGGUAUCGAUAAUAAAUGCAACCAAUGCUGCCGCCCUGCCACUGCAGGUUACGCGCUUAUUACUCUGCGACGAAAAGGAGCAGCAUUCGAACUGUAAG